AUGAGUCUCAAGAAUGACAAGUUCCCGUCCUCGGCUGCUUUCGAGGCCAUCAAUGCUGUGCUCAGCUCCAGCGAGGCCGACAAGAAGGAUGCCAUCAAGCAGGGCAACGCCGUGUUUGCCUUUACGCUAAAGAACAAGGCCGGCGAGACAGAAAGCUGGAAUAUCGACCUCAAGCAGACUGGUACAGUCGGCAAGGGAUUAGGAAACAAGCCUACAGUCACCCUCUCGCUAUCCGACGAGGACUUUGGCAAAUUGGUUGCCGGACAAGCCAACGCACAACGACUAUUCAUGUCGGGAAAGCUCAAGGUCAAGGGUGACGUGAUGAAGGCAACCAAGAUGGAACCGAUCUUGAAGAAGGCCCAAACCAAGGCCAAGCUGUAA